CCCCCUUCCCUCCGCCCAGACAGCCUGGGGCCCUGAGCACUCUAGGGGCCAAGACAGACUCUAGGUGACUGUGCUGCACCCAAGCUGACCCCCUAACUGUGGCCUUCCAACCACCUGCCCCGUGCUUCCUCCGCUCCACGCUGAGUACUAACCCAGCCCCGUGGGCUGUGGAGGAAGGGCUGUGUCGAGGGGGUCCUGGGCGAGCCCACGGAGAUGUUGGGUUUGGGGACACCCUCAGGAUCACUCCUGCCCUUGCCAGAGUUUGGGGAGGAGUAGCUCACCAUUUUCCCUCUGGACCCAGCCCAGGUUUGGGCCAUAGAAAAGCUGAGGAGUCUUGGUUGGAGGGAGAAAGGAAGACUGGGUCUGAGGGAUUGAGGGAAAGGGGAAUGGGUCCUUGGCUGUUAGCUCCCUGCCUGGCAGCAUCUCUUCUCUUCAGAUAGGACUAGACGGCAGAUGACUUCCUUGGUGUCGACACAGCACAGCACCCUCUCUGUGCACAAGCUACCAGUUCAAGGGAGGUGGGGGUGGUGCCCUACCUCCCCACCCACUGGUAGGCUGCCUAUAUGUGGCUGUGUAUAUAGAUAUACACAUCUACAAAUGUAAAAUAAAUCUAUCCUAUCUUGCAUAUCGUUAACACACAAAAAAUCGAAAAGGACUUCUUCCGGCUUUGCAAUGACAGAGUCCAGAAAAGUUUCAACGGACUGCAUUUAUUUCUAAUGUUCUUCUUCCUCAAAGUCUGGUUGCUCCCCAAAGUUCUGAGCCUUCCCCCACCCUUGCCUCAGACCUUUAAGACCAAAGACUGUAAAACCACAGGGCUGGAAGGGCCAACUCUGAGGACCAGCCUCGGGCCACACCCAGGAGCUGGAGGGCUUUUUGCCUCCUGGGAGAAGGAGUUGGGGCCUCGCCAGAGCUGGGGAGGGGGGGGGGGGAGGACACAUCCCUUCAGAUUCCAAUGGGUUUCCCAUCCCCUCUGUCAGCCUUGCUGUGACUGUGUGGGCAUUAGUGAGAGGGGUUUGGGUUUAACUUGCAAUAAACUGGAAACCCAGUGCAUCUCGCAGUCUCCAUGGUGCUGUGUGUGUGUCAGGACUCCUCUGGCCUGGGAUUCAUGGGCAGGCCCGGCCUCCAGCGCCCCCAGCCCCCUGCUGGCCUCCCUGCCCCUGCCUGCCAGGCCUCUGCAGCCCCCGCUGGACUUCAAGCACUUGCUCGCCUUCCACUUCAAUGGCGCUACCCCGCUCAGUCUCACCCCCAACUUCAGCACGAUGGACCCAAUCCAGAAAGCUGUCAUCAGCCACACGUUUGGGGUCCCCUCCCCUCUGAAGAAGAAGCUCUUCAUUUCCUGUAACAUCUGUCACCUGAGGUUCAACUCAGCGAACCAAGCUGAAGCACAUUACAAAGGCCACAAACAUGCCAGAAAACUCAAGGCUGUCGAAGCCGCCAAGAGCAAGCAGAGGCCACAAACCCUGGCCCGGGAUGGGGUGCUGGUGUCCCCCACCCUGACUCCAGCCAGUGGAUCCCCUGGAGAGCCGCACAGCAAAGCCGUUCCUGCAGCCCCACCCCCUGGCCCCCAACUCCAGCCACCGCUGACUUUGACCGACCCCACGCCGAGGGAGCCGGCUCACUCAGAUCUCUUGGAUGCUGCCUCCUCUUCCUCUUCUUCCUCCUGCCCACCCUGCUCCCCGGAGCCUGGGAGAGAGGCGCCAGGGCCUGAGCCCUCAGUGGCUGCUGUGGGAAACGGUGUGAACGGGGAGGGCAGGAGCGAGAAGGGGCGCCUCUAUUGCCCCACGUGCAAGGUGACAGUGAACUCUGCCUCCCAGCUUCAGGCUCACAACACAGGAGCCAAGCACCGGUGGAUGGUGGAAGGUCAGCGAGGUGCUCCUCGAAGGGGCCGGGGCCGCCCUGUGCCCCGGGGAGGCGGACACAAGGCCAAGAGAGUGGCAGGGGGCCAGGGCAGCCGACAGGGGCCCAGCCCCCCCUUUCACUGUGCCCUGUGUCAGCUCCAGGUCAAUUCGGAGACCCAACUCAAGCAGCACCUGAGCAGCAGGAGGCACAAAGACCGCCUGGCUGGGAAGCCCCCCAAGCCCUCCAGCCAGCACAGCAAGCUGCAGAAACAUGCAGCGCUGGCUGUGAGUAUCCUCAAGUCGAAGCUAGCCUUGCAGAAGCAACUCACCAAGACACUUGCAGCCCGCUUCCUGCCCAGCCCGAUCCCCGCCGCUGCCGCAGCCAUCUGUGCGCUGCCAGGGCCCCUGGCCCUCAGGCCUGCCCCCACAGCAGCCACCACCCUCUUCCCAGCUCCCAUCCUGGGCCCGGCUCUGUUUCGCACCCCAGCAGGAGCCGUCCGCCCUGCCACAGGGCCCAUCGUCUUUGCCCCCUACUAGGCUUCCUGGGGAGGCCGGGGCUCGGCACCCAGCAGUCGCUGUCCUUGCCUCCUCUUCCCGAGAUGCCUCAGUUUCCUCCAUCCCCUAGGAGACUGCUAUUUACAGCCAAAGCUUCCUGCCCAAUCUAGGAAGAGCUGGGCUACUUUUAAGGGCAGCUGCCCUUUGCCCAGUCUGGACUACGGAUUCAACUACAACCCUCCUGGCCCAAGACCUUCCAACCCUCCUCUCCCCAGCCUCCUGAGGCUGGCACUGGGCUCCCCUGCAUUGCCCAGCCUGAUUUGCAGGGAGCAAACUGAGAAAUCCCAAAGAUCUAUGCAAAAUCCUAGCCCCAGCCCCAUGGUGCUCUCAUUUCCCCCACCUGAGACCUAGAACCCCAUGGUCCGAGGUCCUAGGAAUCUUAACUUUGAGCCUGGCAAGAAGUCUAGAGAAGAGGCCCUCUCCAUUCACUGGACUCUCUGGAGAAUCACUGGAGGUGGCAGAUGGGGUCUCAAGCUGGACAGGGUUCAAGGCUAUCUGGACAAGGUGACCCUGGGGGAGUGGAAGAAGACUGUGGAGGAGAAAGGGGGGGCAGGGAGCAAAGCCAGGGUGGGGCUGGGGCUGAGAGAUUUUGGGGUUCCUCCGCUGUGAUCAGACAGGGCUGGGAGAGGGGUAGGGGAGGGUGAUUUUCUGGCUGGGCCCAGUUUUAACAGAGGUCAUCAAUCCCACACAAGCUCUCUCCUCAGCCUUUCACUGAUUUCUCCUGAACCCCAGCUGGGGGUGGAGGGUGGUGGUGGGCAUUGGAUCUCGCCAGACUAUGGACCCAGCUAACACCAACCCCCCCUCCCCCAGGGCUCCCAAAAGAAGAGCUUUCCCCUCAGGCUCCUCACCCCAAACCGGUCCCCAGCACUAAAUCCAGCUUCCCCUCUUCCCAAGCAGAAUCCUGCCCCCUCCCUGUGAAGCUGAGUGUUGGGAUCCAGGCUGACACACUCAAGACCCAUUUUCAUGCUGUCAAAGUUAAUGUCACAACCUCCAUCCCACCCCCCAGCACUGCUCUGUCACCCCACAAUAUGGGACUUUGCCAGUAUCCACCUGUAUCUUUUCCUUUUUUAGAUAUUUCCAAUGGGAGGACAAGAAGGGGGGAGGGGAGGGGAACCUUUUGAUAACAGUUGUGGUUUUAUUGUGUCCAAUGCAUCAAUAAAUGAAUUCAAGCCCGA